CGACUGUUCAGUCUCUGAGUCUCAACGUCGACGACCAUCCACGCUUCUGUCGCGCGCAAACCGACCCAUCUCCUCUAGGCUUCUGCAUUCUGGCUCGGUAGGGUGCCGUAUGCACAGUGGGCUUCUCUUUCGCUCGCUCAGACGUGUCCCGCCACUCCGCAGGCAGCCAUGUCGUCUUUCCUCGUCCGCCGCUAGCAGCAAUGUCAAACCAUACUACGUUACGACCCCUAUAUUCUACCCCAACUCAGUUCCGCAUAUUGGCCAUCUUUACUCUAUGGUCGUCGCGGAUAUCUUCGCCCGCUAUGCUUGUCUCCGACAUCCAGACAGGCCUGUGCACUUCGUCACCGGCACUGACGAGCACGGCCUGAAGAUAAGCAAGGCUGCCCAGGCGCAGGGCAUGCAGCCACUUGCCUUCUGUGACAUGCUGAGCGAACACUUCAAGGGCCUCGUUCAAAAAGCGAACAUCGGUUCAACACGGUUCGCCCGCACGACCUCCCGCGAGCAUUGUGACGCAGUGCAGUACUUGUGGCGCCAACUAGACGCGAAAGGCCUCCUCUACAAGGACCUCCACUCCGGCUGGUACUCCGUCUCGGACGAGUGCUUCUACCCGGAGCUGCAGGUCACGAAGGUCGUCGACUCCGAGGGAAAGGAACAGCAUGUCUCGAUGGAGACCGGGUCCGCGGUGGAAUGGAUGGAGGAGGAGAACUACAAGUUCCGCCUGUCGUCGUUCCAGGGCGUCCUCGAGGCGCACUAUGCGGCGAACAAGGAUUCGAUCUACCCACCCCAACACCAUGAGGCUAUCCUGCAGCAGCUCCGAACCGUCCCUCUCCAAGACCUGUCGGUGUCUCGACCGAGCGCUCGGCUCACUUGGGGAGUGCCGGUCCCGGACGACGCCGAGCACACAAUAUACGUCUGGAUCGACGCGUUGACUGUGUACCUCUCCUCGAUCGGCUUUCCAUGGCAGGACGGCAACAAGGGCAAAAGCAGCGGCUGGCCAUCCGACGUCCAGGUCAUCGGCAAGGACAUCCUCAGGUUCCACGCUAUCUACUUCCCCGCGAUGCUCUCCGCUCUCGACCUCCCGAUGCCCCAGAAGCUCCUCGCGCACUCACACUGGACGAUGGACCGCCGGAAGAUGUCCAAGUCCGUCGGGAACGUCGUGGACCCCAUGGCCGCGAUCGACGAGUACGGCAUCGACGUCGUCCGGUACUACCUCGCGGAGAUUGGCGGCAAGUUCAAGGACGACGUCGAUUGGUCUCCGGCGCUCGUCGAAGCCCGUCGGACAGAGAUCACCUCCCUCCUCGGAAAUCUCCUCUCGCGCUCAACCUCCAAAGCCAUCCGCGCGCGCGUCGACCCUGACAAGCGGCUCAUCUACGGAGAGGACCCCCUCCUGAAGCACCGUCCUCUCGUAGACAUCCUACAGAGGCUGCCCGCCGACAUGGACGCCGCCAUGUCAGAGCUGCGCGUCUAUGAUGCGGUCGGACACAUUCGUGCCGCCCUCACCGCCGCGAACUUCCUCAUGUCCGACUCCCGCCCCUGGGCGAAGUCCACGCCCUCCGCGGAGGCGCAAGCCGUCUCCCAGGUCGUCCUCGACUGCCUCCGCAUCUGCGGUGUCUUCCUCCAGCCGUUCAUGCCCUCCAAGGCCGCCACCCUCCUCGACACCCUCGGCAUCCCCGAGGACUGCAGGGCGUGGGAGCACACAGACCUCGCGCGCGCGCCGCCAAGCACUGGGGUCUGCUCCGGGGUCAUCCUGUUCCCGAAAUCGACGUCGACAUCGACGGUAAGCCCAUCUCAGAACUGAGCGUUGUGCGAGGCGGUUGGGGCGGUUGGGCCCAAAAUCGGUACAGUACAUACACAUCGAUGCAAUCAAUACGAUACAUCUUGACUAUGCUAUGUACGACCUGAAGCGCUGA